AUGGUUAGAUCUUUGCGCGAAUCCUCUAAAAUCGCAUGGCAUAACCCCAUUUUUUGUGCUUGGUUCUUCUCGCUCUGGACUGGCCCGGUCCCUGUCCCUGCUCCUGCUCCAUGUUUUCUUUGUUUCCUCCUUCUAGAUGGCCCUCGGUCACGGAAGAAGAUGACCCACAGGAGUCCCUUCGACUAUUUGACUCUUGUUUGGGGUAAUUCUGCAUGCUUUCUUAACCCCUCCCGUCGCCAUGGCUCUGUUUUUUUUCCAGUUCAGAAGAGGGCGCAAAGAGAGCGGAUUUUUAUCCCCAUUUUUAUGCUCUAA